AACCGAAUAUCCAGUUCGGGGGUGGUAGGGUGGGAGAUAAAGUCCUUUUAUCUCUGAAAUGAGAAGGGGAAUUAACUGGUAUCAAAAUUCAACGUUUCCUUUUUGGUGAAAUUCCCCAGCCAAGCCGGGUGCUAACCGAGUAGGCGAUUUCACUUCACCGUCACUUCACAAAAGACUUCCAAAUUCACUGCAGCAGACCGCGAAGUAAAAUGUUAUGUGCAUCCUAGCUGAGAGGGGACGGAAGCCUCCACGCUCAAUCAAAGGUUUGCAAUAAUAGGAUUCAUAAAAAUUUAAAAAAAAAAAAAAAAAAAAAAAAGGACAGAUGGGAUUAGAAAAUGUUGCAGUGAAGACUGGGGAAUGAGAUGAGCUCACAGCCCGGAGCCCAGCCUGCCUUUUGUGGACCUACACAAUGAUCGCAGAGCCAGACUGGAUUAGGAGACCUCGCGACUAGGGGGUCCGGAGAGAGGCUGCGGGUUCCCAGGCGCUUGAGGAAAAGCAGGCUGAAGCGAUGCAUCAGAUUUACAGCUGCAGCGAUGAAAAUAUAGAAGUUUUCACCACCGUGAUUCCUUCCAAAGGCAUUUCACCCAUCAGGAAGUUGUCCUCUAGAAAAGGGAGAUUUGCACUCUUGCAUGGGAUCAAAAUGACCAGCCCAGCCAGGAGAAGAGUCAAAAGCUCUCAGCACCUCUUAACUAAGAAUGUGGUGAUCGAAUCAGACCUGUACCCGCCACGGCCCCUGGAGCUGCUGCCGCACCGCCCGGACCGCUGGGACACAGGCGACGGCCGCAGGUUCGGCCGGGUCCAGAAUGCGCGGCCACCAAGGGCGCAUCCUGCCAAAACCCCCACCAGACCCGUGGGGAUUUCUGAAUCCAAAACAUCAAAUCUGUGUGGAAAUCGAGCAUAUGGAAAAUCGUUGAUUCCUCCUGUGGCCCGAAUCUCAGUGAAAGCUCCAGCCGCAGUAGAGGCGGCAGUCACAGGCUCAGAGAACGGAGCCGUUCGGGGGAGAGGAUCCAGACAUCUCAAGAAGAUGGCCGAAGAGUAUCCCACCCUUCCCCAGGGAGGGGAGGCCUCCCUCCCACUGACGGGCAGUGCUUCCUGCGGUGUCCCAGCUAUCCUCCGGAAAAUGUGGACCAGGCACAAGAAAAAAUCAGAAUACGUGGGAGCCACCAACAGCGCCUUUGAGGCUGACUAAAGAUCACCCUCCCCAGGUUCCUUGCAUUGGCCAAGGUUCACAGGGCAGGGGAGACAGAAACCUGAAGACAGGGACUGAGCCUCGUCACCCCUCCUGGAAGCAGGCCCAAAUGCAUCAUCCUCCCUCACCUAGUCACCCUGCUUUAGGGCACAGGAAAGGAACGUGUCUGGAAGGCAAAAGAAAAGUGUUACUUAGAAUUGCUGAAGCCAUUGGUCUGAAAGUCGCUUUGGGAGGUCACAAAAUUUAUUUUUCCCUAUCUUUAGGCAAAGCUAUACUAAAAGCAAACUUUCCCAGCCCAUCUUAAAGACCUCCAAGGAAAGAAGAAGACAAUUCCUCUGUCUUCCUUGUCAGUUUUUCCAAAAUGUAUGAUUUCUGGUGUAAAAGCUUGACAUUUGAGUCACUCGUAAACCCAGUGAUUUUCUCUAUUGCCAGUUGAUGCUUGUUUCACCUUGAUGAGGUACAAUUUUUGAGGACAAAACAUUCUGUACUUACUAGUUCUAUUUACCUGACGUUAUCAUCAAAUCAAUUCUGAUGAUCAUCUGGCAUGAUUGCAUGAAUUCUAUACUCCUUUAUGUGCAGUUUUUCUGUAGAAAAACAUUAAAAGUUAAAUGUGAAUGUUUUCUGACAUAGCAUAAUCUAGUGAAACAAAUAAUACCUUGCUUUUGUACAAUAAUUUUAACUUUUGAAAGUGAUUUCCUAUCCAUUAGCUCUGCUUAUCGUCACAAAACCCUAGUUGAAGAAAGUAUAGCUAUCCCUAAUUUACACAUGCGAAAAAUGAGGCAUCUGAAGGUUAUGUCUCUAGUAGGAGAACUGGUGACCAGGAACUAGUAGGUUGCGUGACCAGUUAGUAGAACUAGUGACCAGGUCCUCAAUUUCUGUCUAGCAGACUCCCUUCUCUGCUUACCCUGGUCCAAGGAAGUUUAUAAAUGGUGGGAUCACGUCUCUAGGGGCAACAUUUGAAGGGAAGAAUCUAAUACAGUUGGAUCAAGUAAGUGAUUUGAAUGAAAUACAUAAUUCAUUAGAUUGAACCAGAAGAAAUUGCCAUUUCUGUAGAUCAAAAACAACUGAAUAUUCAUUUCAAAUGGUUCAACCUAAUAUGUGAUACUUUCCUUCUUUCAGUGGAAGUGCUAUUAUCAAUUUCAUUGUCAACAUCAGUAGCCUUAUAAUGAUUGUAUUAAUAAUGCUAAUAAUAUCUAUCAUUUAUUAAAUGUAUACUGUGUGCCAGGUGUGAUGCUGGGCACCUUGCAUAAACUGUCUAACCUUCCUAACUGCUCUGUGUUAGGGAGCCAUACCAGUUUCAUACUUUGACACCAAUUUAAGGAGGUUAAAUGAUUAGUCUGAAGGCAACUAAGUUAUAUGGACUUCAGGCUUCAGGGCCUGUGUUGUAGCUACUCCUUCACACCAAAUAGUUCAGAACAUAGAGGACUUAAUUUAGUAAAGAAUGCUCAUCUCAAACUCUAGAGGCGCUGUGUGGAGAAGAAAUCUGAGGUGGGAGAGUGCAGCGAUCGAUGAGUAAAGCCUGUCUGUAGAGGGGGUUGGUGAAACAUGUCUUGUACAUUUGUCAUCUGUGGCCUGAACUCUACCCACAGAAGGCUUGCUUUCUAAUUAAGACUUUUAAAUUAAUUCAACCUACAUAGUGAAACUAGACAUUUUUAUUAAGGUAAGAUUUAGCCUACAAUUGUAUUGGAAAUUGCCAUCUCUUGGUAUACAGUAGAGUUUGACCGUUCUUGUUCUCAGACUCAAGUGACAUUUCUGACUGCUGCUCUGUGGCCAUGUCUCACCUUCUGCUCGCUCUAAGUUUUCUGUUUCUGCAUCUCCACGUGAACCGUAAGAGGACACGGGGAUGUGCAAGGGGCCUGUACACCAGGCUUUCACCUUGCUGAUAUCUUGUGUUUAUCACUCUUUUAGACUCUGAGCACCUGAUGGUCCAGAAAAGAUUUGGAGAUGAACAUCAAGUGCUUUUUCAUCGAGGUGCGAGAUGAAGUGAACAGUCCAGCAUCUUCCACAGGUUAGAGGGCGGGGUCCAGAGUAUCGCGAGGGAGCAAACAGGCUGGACCGCACAGAGUCUCCUACAGCUAUUUAUUUUAACUUAUUUAACUUAUUACUGAUAUCUUUUAUUUGUAUGCGGCAACUGGAGCUUUACGCAGGCUGGAACAACUUAUUUAUUUUAACUUAAACGGUGAAGUGUUUGCCUUGUACAAAACAUUUUAUUUGCCUAAUUCAAAUAAAAUUAAGGUGUGUUUUGUGUGUGACAUUAAUAAAGCACUAAGAAAGUA